AUGGCGCAAGCUUAUAGCGGCAGUGGUGUUAUUUCUCACAAUCUCAUUGUGAAACUUCAAGGAAUCUUGGAGUUCUUGCAAUCUGUUUCAGAUUCUCGAAACAUUUAUGAUAAACUAAUUGAACUAGAAGAUAUUUUGAAGGAGUUUGCCAAAGAAAUAUCCUUCAGAAUAUCGGAUGAGUUUCUAGAUACUAUAACUAAAACAGAGGAACUAAUAGAACUAUUGAGCGAAUUGAGUUUGCAUAGGGAGGACUAUAACCAACUUAUAAAAAUCAGCAAAGAAGCCAUUGAUCCCAUUUUAUUGCAUCUUAUUGAUGUUGUUGAGGGCGAAAAUGACAAAUCUAUGGCGGAAUAUUAUGAUUCAGUCUUUGAUGCUAUUGAAAAUUGUAAUAAACUAAAAAUUCAGGUUGAAUUGAGUUUGAAUACCAUCAAAGAGUUUAUCGAUAUACAAACGGAGUUCAAUGAGAUUUUAGCCGAUAAUAUUGAAACAUUGGAUAGUAUAAUUGAUGAAAAUAUUACUGAUUUCUUUAAAAUUCAAAGUGACAGGAAUGCAUCACCCAUACGACACCAGCCAUCUUUUACAUUGAAUAAGCUCAUUAAGUUACUUACAGUAGACGCAAAUGCUGAAACCAGCAGCAAAAGAAGCAGCCAAUUUGAGUUAGAGCCCAAGUUGCCUGUUUUCUCGUCAUUUGAAAAAGAAGUUAUGAAUGCAUUGAUGGAUUUGAGAAAGAGUCUAAUUCCUAUUGAAACAAGUAUAGUAGAAAUUCUGCCUAAAAGAAUCAAGAGUUUUCAAGAUUUUAGAAUUGGGAGGUUUAAAAAAGUAAGCAUAUUGGUAAAAGUCCUUGAUAGUCAAUACAAACUCAUUUUGAAGAAAUUUAUAUUUUUGAAUAAUGAACUUAAAGUGCUGAAACGAGAAAUGAUUGACGAUAGAUGGAAUGUGAUUUUCAGAAAUUUGAAUAUUGAACUCAGACAUUUGAUGAACGAACUUGAUGACAUCUACAAUAAAUCGAAGGAAAUCAGGUACAAUGAGAGCAUUGAGUUUAAUUUCAAGACGCAACUGGCAGAUAAAACUAAGAUUGUGUCAAAAACGUUUAACAUCAUCUAUAAAGCUAUUGAAUUUUCUCUGCUAGAUGCAGGCAUUGUUGCAGAGACAAAUGGUUUGGCGAAGAGAUGGGUUGACUUACGGCCAAUUAUAGACAAUUUACUGGCACCAUCCAGGAGCCUUAGCUCUUCUGUAUCAGUAACAUCCUCUCUUUCAAGAUCAUCGUCUUUAUUAUCUGUUGAAUCGACAUCAUCUGGCAUGAUACCCUCAGAUUUUCCAAAACAAAGAAUGGAUAACGAUGUUGACGGGGUUGGUAAUAAGACUAUCGAAUCCAUUACACGCGAUCUACGGAAAUUCUCUCUUGCUUCAAAUAUGAGCGAAAAAGAGAGCCAGUAUAAAGAAGAGAUUGAUUCUGAAAUGGUUAAGAGUAAAAGGAAAAAAUAUCGAACUUCCAUACUGGAAACGAUGAAUAUCAAGCCAGUACUAGUUUUUGAUAAUAAAUCUGCCGAUGAGGAUAAUCCAUUUUUUGAUACGUCUGGUAUUAGGGAAGAGAAUUUGGUAUUGGGGUCUCUUCCAAGAUUAUCUCAUCGCGAACACAUACAACAAAGUUUGACCUAUGAUCAUGGUUACAAUAAUAAUAAUAGUGAUAUAGAGAAUAGUACUGAUAGUAACAUGGAGGCAACAAUGAUAGCAGAAAACUACAGGACCAAUUCCCGUUUACUGGGUGAGGACGCAUAUAUGUCCUAUCAUAAUGUCUCUGAAGUUUCAACGGUCGCAAAUACUCCAAAUUCUAAUCUCUCCAAAGGACGUUUAGUUGAAAAAUUAGAGAAAGCAAAAUGGGAAUACCAUGCUGCACAAGAGAGCAAGAUACCAAGGAUCAACACAAACUACAGCGGGGUCAAAUCAACAAAUUUUUACACAACUUUUGAAAAGGGGGAUAUUCAAAUUGUUGAUGGUAAGCUAACUAGGCAUAACCGUCUCAGGGCACCCACGCCCAUGUCACAACUUUUGACACCGGUGAGUAACAGAUCUCAUCAUAGCAGUUGA